AUGCUCCGCCUCCUCACCUUACUAACACUCUUACGAGCCGCCGAGGCCGGCAUCACGCUGGAAUUUGGCACGAAAAAAAAACCGGCGCAAGUGAAACCAAAAACUAUCGAGAAAAAAGAAGAAGAAAAGGCGCCGCCGCCGCCGCCGCCGCCACCUUUUGUGUCGAGAGGAUGGCUCAUGAAAAAAGGAAGAAAAAGGCGGAACUGGAAGCGGCGCUAUUUUGUUUUAUCAGAUGACUGGUCGUCGAUCUCCUACUACGAGGACGAGCGGUGCCUGAAGGAGCGGGGGCGCGUGAAUUUAGGAGGUGCUAGGUGUGAUCUGGGUCUCGAUUACGUUCCUAAAAGAGCUCAUGUUUUCGCGUUCACGCUUCGCGCGAGAGAUGACGUGUACCACUUGGAAUGUUCGUCGGAAGGCGAGCGGCAGAGGUGGUUGCGAACGCUGAAGACGGCGUCUUCCUCAGCUCGCGAUGAUGCGAGAGCCGAGGUCGAGGAAGAAAGACGGCAAGCUAGACGCGCGGAGGCCGGCGAGAUGUCCGACGAGGCCGCGGCCUUCCUCUCGUCCUUGUCGGUCGACGGUCUGUUGGGUGAUGCUGGUUUGUUCCACCGGCAUAAUUGGUUAAGGACGCUGAACAACGUGCUCUCGUCGGAGAAGACGCUCGCGCAGAUGAAUAAAGCAUUGAGAGGCAUCUACGUCGUCGAGGCCAUGACUUUGAGGUAUGAGGGCGACGACAAGCUGAGUGUCAAAAGAUUGGAGUUGCGGCCGGAUCAGGACGCGCAUCGGUUGGGUCUCGACCUGAGAUGGCCCCAGCGCUUGGUGUGUCGGGUCAAGGGCUACCGCCCGGCCGGCGGCGGCCUGCCUUCAUUUCUCAAAACAGCAGCUCAUUUACUCAAGGGCAUCGACAAGUCCGUGACGCACCCGUUGUCGUUCGAUUUGCGAAGUACCUUAUCGGGCCGGCCGCGCUGCGAGCUACUGUUGAAAUCAUCAACGACGGCGCCGUUUCCACGCCUAUCGCGUGUCGAACUGAUACGCCUCCCGCGACUCAUCCUGGAGAAGGACGCGAUCGCCGUCGAUGAAAACGCCGACCAGAGUCUCCUGAAGACGGUGUAUGGGAUCGUCCCGAAGGAGGUGCUCGUCGGGAUGUUGGAAAGGCACUUGAACGACGCUCUGGCGUCCCCAAAGACGCUCAAAAUGUGCCAGUGGGAUUUGCCCGACCCAAGUGUUCAGGAGGAAAAGCCCUUGGUCGGCAAGCUAGCACGGGCCGCGGAGACGUCCUGGAAGGGCAUCGAGGCCGAGUUCCCCGUCGCCACGACGCAAAUCCAAAGGGGGGCGGGCUGGUUCCGCCGCGAGGUGAGUCGGCGGGCCGUCGCCGCGCGGGGCGCUUUAUCUGGCGCGCCGCGGCUCUUGAAGGUCGAGGACGACAACGAGGUGGCGCCGGAGUGGGACCCGGCGAACGCCGUGUCUAUAUUAGAUGUGGAGCCCUGUGCUGAUUCGGACGAGGACGGGGACGGGUGGCGGCCGGGGCCGCCCAAGGAGUCCGGGGAGUAA